AUGGAUGAGCCGGAGCUUCUGCUGGACUCCAAUAUCAGACUUUGGGUGGUCUUGCCCAUCGUCUUUAUCACGUUCCUUGUUGGGGUGAUUCGACAUUAUGUCUCCAUUCUGCUUCAGAGUGACAAGAAGCUGACAUUAGAGCAGGUGUCAGACAGGUAAGGGUCUUGGGAGCAUGUAGCCAUAGACCAGGGCUCUCCAACCCUGUUCCUGGAGAGCUACCCUCCUGUAGGUUUUCAAUCCAACCCCAGUGGUAACUAACCUGACUAAGUUUAUCAACCAACUAAUUAUUAAAAGCAGGUGCGCUAGAUUAGUGUUGGAGCAAAAACCUACAGGAACAGGGUUGGAGAGUCCUGCCCGAGACAGACUGUGCAUUGACAGUUCAUAAAAGGGCUAGUGAGCAUAUUUUGCUAUGAGUUUGUUUUGAAUUAUACCUUUCCAAUAUUCAGCCAGGUUCUUAUCAGGAGCAGAAUCCUCAGAGAAAAUGGGAAGUACAUUCCGAAACAGGUGAGAUCAAUGUUGGAAAGACCUUAAAACGCCACUUGGCUAUCUUAACUUCUUUGUACAGUAAACAUAAAAAUACAAUUGUUGGCUAGUUGCGCUCAGAUUUUGAGACACCUCAUUUUCUUCAGUCUUUCUUGAUGAGGAAGUUUUACUUCAAUAAUCAAGAAGAUGGCUUCUUCAAAAAGACCAAAAGAAAGGUUGUUCCUCCCUCCCCAAUGACAGGUGAGCAUAACAGAAUCACAUCAUACUUACUUACAAAAUCCUAUUCUCAUACCAUGAUAAGACGGUAUUGAGCCGUGUAUCUCUACGUUAUACCCUGACACAUGAUAAGGAGCAUAUUACUUCUGAAUGAUAGUGCACCAAUAAAUGUAUCACAACUCCCCUUUUUUGGGAAUGCACUCUGUAGAGCUACACUAACUGUUUCUUUGUCCAGACCCCAGCAUGCUGACAGACAUGAUGAAAGGCAACGUGACCAAUGUACUUCCCAUGAUCCUCAUCGGAGGCUGGAUCAAUUGGACCUUCUCAGGGUUUGUCACAAGUAAGUAAUGUCCUCCUCGCUCGCUCACUGCACUGAGACUGGGUUGUUUGGAUAACAUUGACGUGCGAAUGACCUUCGUCGCCUGCUCUAUAAGGAAAUACGUCGGCGACGUUGUCCCCCCCAGUGAAGGUUCACCGCUUCCCCAAUCAAAAGGCCUGGAUUAAAACAGAGGUUGGCGCUAAACUAAAGGACAUGGCUACCACACAGGGCUAUCGCAUACGGCUGAGGCUACGGCUGAGGACAGGAACAAGUACAAGAAGUCCCGCAAUGACCUCCGCAGAGUCAUCAAAGGAGGAAUAAGGUGGAAUCAUAUUACACAGGCUCCGACGCCUGCCGCAUGUGGCAGGGGCUACAGUCAAUUAUGGAUUACAAAGGAAAACCCAGCUGUGAUCUGCCCAACGAUGCCUCUACCAGAUUAACCCAAUGCAUUUUAUGCACGAUUCAAUAAUAAGAACACCAUACCGUGCGCGAGGGCCCCCACCGACCCAGGGGACUGGGUGAUCUCGCUCUCCGAGGCAGAUGUGUGUAAGGUCUGUAAUCUAGUCAACACUCGCAAGGCCGGACGGUUUUCCAGGGUGCCUUCUCAGAGCAUGCGCAGAUGAGCUGGCAGGCAUAUUCACAGUAAUUUUCAACCUGUCCUUGUCUCAGUCUGUAAAGCCCACAUGUCUUAAGAUGACUGCCAUCAUUCCUGUUCCCAAGAACUCUUAAGGCUUCAUGCCACAAUGACUACCGCCCCGCAGCACUCACAUCUGUAAUCAUAAAGUGCUUUGAAAGGCUGGUUAUGGCACACAUCAACUCCAUCAUCCCAGACACCCUAGACCCACUCCAAUUUGCAUACCGCUCCAACAGAUCCAUAGACGACGCAAUCUCAAUUGCACUCCACACUUCCCUCACCCACCUACAUAAGAAGAAUACCAAUGUGAGAAUGCUGUUAAUUGACUACAGCUCAGCGUUCAACACCAUUGUCCACUCCAAGCUUGUCACCUAUCUUAGGACCCUGGGACUGAACACCUCCCUCAGCAACUGGAUCCUGGACUUCCAUACGGGCCGACCCCAGGUGGUGAGCGUAGGCAACACCUCCGCCACGCUGGCCCUCAACACAGGGGCCCCACUCCCUGUUCAUCCACAACUGCCUGGCCACGCACGACUCCAUCACUAUCAUCAAGUUUGCUGACGACACAACGGUGGUAGGCCUGAUCACUGGCGACGAUGAGACAGCCUACAGGGAGGAAGUCAGUGACCUAGCAGUGUGGUGCCGGGACAACAACCUCUCCCUCAACGUAAUUAAGACCAAGUGUAACGGUGUUGCUUCUGUCCCUCUCCUCGCCCCUACCUGGGCUUGAACCAGGGACCCUCUGCACACAUCGACAACAGUCACCCUCAAAGCACCGUUACCCGUCGCUCCACAAAAGCCGCGGCCCUUGCAGAGCAAGGGAAACAACUACUUCUAGGUCUCAGAGCAGGGGGGGCAUUCCCCCAUCCAUAUCAACAGGGCUGUAGUGAAGUGGGUCGAGAGCUUCACGUUCCUUGGUGUCCUAAUCACUAAGGACUUAAAAUGGUCCAAUCAAACGCGCACAGUUGUGAAGAAGGUGCGAUAGCGCCUCUUCCCCCUCAGGAGGUUGAAAAGGUUUGGCAUGGGCCCUGAAAUCCUCAAAGUUCUACAACUGCACCAUUGAGAGCAUCUUGACUAGCUGCGUCACUGCUUGGUAUGGCUCCCAGUCAUCCAGGACCUCUAUCAGGCGGUGUGAAAGGAAGGCCCGGAAAAGACUCCAGCCACCCAAACCAUAGACUGUUCUCUCUGCUUCCGCACAGCAAGCAGUGCCAAUGCAUCUAUCCCCAACCCAUAAGACUGCUAAAUAGCUAACAGAAUGGCUACACAGACUCUCUGAGUUGACCCUUGUAUUUUAUUUUGUACACUCACAGGACUCUACACUCUCACGCACACUGCAAUUUGUUGGCAGAACUGGAAAAGCAUGUGUGAGCAAAGAGGCCUACAAACCUGACUCAGUUACACCAGCUCUGCCAAUUUAUUGUGGGAAGCUUGUGGAAGGCUACGCAAAACGUUUGACUCAAGUUAAACAAUUUAAAGGCAAUGCUAACAAAUACUAAUUGAGUGUAUGUAAACUUCUGACCCACUGGGAAUGUGAUGAAAGAAAAAAAAGCUGAAAUAAAUCACUCUCUACUAUUAUUCUGACAUUUCACAUUCUUAAAAUAAAGUGGUGAUCCUAACUGACCUAAGACAGGGAAUGUUUACUAGGAUUAAAUGUCAGGAAUUGUGAAAAACUGAGUUUAAAUGUAUUUGGCUAAGGUGUAUGUAAACUUCCGACUUCAACUGUACCUCUCACUCCAGUAUCCCUGCAUUGUAAAUAUGGUAUUGGAACUGACCCUGUAUAUAGCUUCUUACUUUCUCGUGUUCUUCAUAUUUUUUAAAUGUUUUUGUUCUACCUUAUGUUAUUUUUAGGGCUACAUUAAUAUUGAUUACUGCAUUGUUGGGUUUGGAGCUUGCAUGAAAGGCAUUUCACUGUACUUGUGCACGUGACAUUAAAACUUGAUAAUGAUUGUCACUACUAGAGCUUCGAUUGCAGUUUAUUUAAUGGUACAUAAAUAACCAGAUAUUUACUAAGAAAUGGCAUGGUAAAAUUGUUAUUACAUUGAAAUAACCUAUAAAUAACAGUAGUGUAAAAUGAAGUGCUUCCAUUCAGUGUCUUAGCUAUAAGCAGUUAAGUCAUAUUUGCACAGACUGGUUUUAUGUCAACUUCAAAACUUGAUCCUACUUAUAUUUGGUAGUAGGCUUGUACUAGCCAAAUUAUUUGAGUUACAAUUUUCUCAACAACCCUUUUCUUGUUCCUCACAGCCAAGGUUCCUUUUCCUCUCACCCUGCGCUUCAAGCCCAUGUUGCAACAAGGAAUCGAGCUACUUUCACUUGAUGCUUCCUGGUUAGUUGAUGAAAUAGAUACUUAUUACAUGAGUUCUGUGAAGUUAAUAUUAUAUACUUCCUCUGAGUCCUUUUGCUAGUGUAAACAUUGAUGAAUUAUAACCUCAUCCUCGUUUCUGUUUUCAGGGUGAGUUCAGCGUCGUGGUAUUUUCUGAAUGUGUUUGGGCUGCGAAGCAUGUACUCCUUAAUUCUAGGACAAGAUAAUGGUAAUCUUUCAUCCACUCAUCCAACUUCAUGAUUCAGUUUUGUAUUUCCUGCAAAUGUUAUUGAUAAAUGUGUUUCUGUAAACUAGAUGUGACAUUAUUUAAUCAUAGUUUGUCACCUACUUACAACAGUACUUGUUAUCAAAAGCAAUAUACAGAAGGUCAUUAAAUUGACCUGAUUUGGGAAAACAACAAAUCACUGAGAGAAAUUAGACUUCUAGUAGCCAAGCGGUCUGUGCCUUGAAGAGAUAAUGGGCCGGUAUGCAACCCUUCAGUGUCAUAUCAGCAGCAACAUUGCUUAUAAAUGGAACAUGACUCCAUUAUGUCAACCAUGUUUAAGUGGCAAGCCUCCAAUUCUUCACAGUCCUCGUUUUGUUACUCCAAGGGGAUUAUGAAGUAAUUGGUGUUGAUGCUGAUGUACUGUAAACCACACAGGUGCAGAUCAGUCCAGGAUCAUGCAAGAGCAGAUGAGUGGUGCUGCCAUGGCCAUGCCUGCAGACACCAACAAAGCCUUCAAGGUAUAGUUCUCUACUCUUGAUUGCAUCAAUGGUGAAUUAAAUUCAUACAGGUCCCAGCAUUAUCACCUGACAGACAGUUGUUUGUCUCCUUUUUAGGCAGAAUGGGAGGCACUUGAGCUAACUGACCACCAGUGGGCACUGGAGGGUGUUGAGGAGGAGCUAAUGAGCAGGGAACUGGAUCUGGAUGGAAUGUUCAGUAAGGAGUUACCAACGGGUAUCUUCUGAGUGCCAGUUCAUCACUACAGGGAACCUGCCACUGGCAAAAUGGUAGUCUUACUUAAAGAGGCAGACUUAGAGUUUCUCUAGGAAAUGAUAGAGUGGAACAAGGUCCCUGGGCUUUGGUGAUAAAUGGAGAUGUGAUGUCUAAAUUCAUUUCAGUUACAUCAUUGUCCAUUCAAGUUUAAUUGGAGAUUGUACCAAGUUCAAUUUAUAAUUUGAACUAUUUGAAAGAUUCACCCUCACCUACUCAUUCAAGGGUUUUUC